UAGACUUGUGGGAACACAGCAGGAGUUCCCCCUGCUGGCUGAUGGUGUUUAUAACACAGAUGCAAAAAUGUGGUGACGUACAUAUAGAACAUGCUGAUGAAGACGUCAAGAGAGUUUAUGCUGAUGAAGGUGUCUGUGUGUUGAAAACAAAAUCACGUGAUCUCCGCAGCGGAGUUAAUACGUCACUUCCUGCCUCUGUCUGCUGCACCCGGCUGCUGCACCUCUCACCUGAAUAAUGCGGAACACUCUGUGUAAACUCUGGACCCAGUUCUCUGAUCUUCUUCUAUAUCGAGGCAUCUCACGCCUGCUACUCAGAGAACCGGAGUUACAUCAGUAACCUGAGGUUUUUCUGGUGCUGCUCCUUUAAGGAAGCGGAACUGAGCCUCGGCAGUUUGUGUGACGCGCACACGGAGGAUGUGGGCAGGAAGCACAGGAGCGAUCGCGCUUCCCAGUCGCACCGACGCACGACACGACAGCGCGACCCAGACGCGCCUCGGUUCGCCACGCUGAUGUCCAGGAGCGGCCGCUCUCCUCGGAUCAGCGCCCCGCGGCCGUCGCAGCGCAGGCCCGCCCGGAGCAGGAUUCUCCGGCGUGAGAUUUGACUCCUCUCCCCCGAGCGAGAGCGCAGCCUCCCCCGGCCUCCGCGCUUUGAAAACAUCGGGGCUGGUCAGCGGGUGGGAAAGAGAGAGAGAGAAAGAGAGAGAGAGGAGGCGAUCGUCGCGGAAAAAAAAGAGGUGUCUGGCUUUUCUUCCUCCCCCCCCUCCUCCUCCUCUCCUCCCCGGCCAUGAGGGAGUACAAAGUGGUCGUGCUGGGGUCGGGCGGAGUCGGCAAAUCCGCGCUCACCGUCCAGUUCGUGACGGGCUCCUUCAUCGAGAAGUACGACCCCACGAUAGAGGAUUUCUACCGGAAGGAGAUCGAGGUGGACUCGUCGCCGUCGGUGCUGGAGAUCCUGGACACGGCGGGCACCGAGCAGUUCGCCUCCAUGCGGGACCUGUACAUCAAGAACGGCCAGGGCUUCAUACUGGUCUACAGCCUGGUGAACCAGCAGAGCUUCCAGGACAUCAAGCCGAUGAGGGACCAGAUCAUCCGGGUGAAGCGGUACGAGCGGGUGCCGAUGAUCCUGGUGGGCAACAAGGUGGACCUGGAGGGGGAGAGGGAGGUGAGCUCCGGGGAGGGCAAGGCGCUGGCCCAGGACUGGAGCUGCCCCUUCAUGGAAACCUCCGCCAAGAAUAAAGGCUCGGUGGACGAACUGUUUGCAGAGAUAGUCCGACAGAUGAACUACUCAACUGUCCCCAGUGGUGGAGACAAGUGCUGCUCGUGUGUCCUGUUCUGAAAACAAAUCAACAAACAGACAGAAAGCUGAGGUCCUGACUUGUCCCUCUCCUCACACUGUUGUCUUAUUGUUGCACACAAACCUAAAAGAAAUCUAACGACGACGACAACAAUCCAAGAUGUAUCAUAGUCUGGAAAAGUGUUUACAUGACAAAGUACUUGAAUGUUUUUGGGAUUUUUUCUUUUUAUAGCUUUGUAUAUGACACUUCUCUGGAAAUGUGCCUCAAUGGGAAUGUCUUAUUGUGAAACCUAAGAGACACGUGUUUUCAGUUUCUCUCUUUUCUUCUGUUCGUGGUUUUAUCGGUUGAGUUGUACUGUUUCAUCUUCAUCUUGGAGCUGGGUGACGAUGAUGAUGAUGGUGAAGGGUUAUUACACCCUGUUUUUAGUCAUAUUUAAAAUCUCUCAAAUCCAAUCUACAGGUGCAGACCCUCCCACUAAGAUGCUGUAUUUUGAAGCUGUGGAUUGUGGUGGAGUUGUGUAACGCCUACAUAUCUUAGUCCCCCCCCCCCCCUGCUUUGGUGGAUUUAUCAUGGAACUUGCACUUAGCUGCACAAACGAGGACCUUAGUGCAUCGCUAUUGCUGCAUGGGGGGAAACGCCAAGACCCCCAUGUCAAGUGCCUUCCCCAAGAAAUCUCCCGUGACGGUGCCAACAGAUGAGCCCUAACCUUCCUCUGCAGUGCGUCUCGAUGGCAAUCAGAACUUUCUUUUCUAGCAGUUUUCGGUAUAAUCUCUAGCUUCAUUUGGUGUUAAAACUAAGACGCUCCUGUUUUACUGGCGGGAGGCUACAAUGCUUGUAACAGACCUGCUUGUUCCAGGGUCAGAUUCAGGCCUUUUCUUCGAGGUACUGGUCCAACAAGAACAUUUAGUUUCUCUGAAGCCAUGUUUGUCGGUAUUACCUUGACUUUUUUUCUUUUUUUUUUCCUUUUCUAAAAAAUGUGACAUUUUGACAUUACCGUAAUUGUAAUUCUCCCUUUGGACAAAUCUUCUGCCAUCGACCUGUCAGUUUGAAAGACUUGUAAUACAAAAAGCAUUUUAUGUAA